AUGGAUACAGACUCCAGCUCGGACAGUGCAAAUGACGGAAGAGCUUCAGCCUCGGUGGCAGACUCCCAGGAUUCUAUGUGCGAUGAGUCGCCGGACUCCGUGCUGAACGACGACGAGAUCAUCGAAAAGUUUGACCUCGCGGCACAUUAUGACAUCCUUCCAAUCACAGCCUUCUUUCCAGUGCUUCAACCUGACCGUCCUGGAUGUACCCGAGAUACGAAGAUUACGAACUACUUCGGUCACCUUCGGCGGAGCUCGUCAAGGUCGCUAUUCGAUCUCCCUGCUGAGACCCGCAUUCACAUCUAUGAGUAUUGCUUACCUCGGAGUUUCACUACUCGGGACCAAGGCAUAGCUGCGAAGGACAAUCGGAACACCUGCCAUCGUGCCGCGCAUGAGGUAUGCCUGCUUGAGGAGCAUCGCAGUCACUCGCCAGCCGAGUUGAGUCGUGGAUACACUGCUCUGCUUCUCACCUGCAAGGCUAUCUACAAAGAAGCUGUGGAUGUUCUCUACAGUCCUAGGCGGUCCCACGUGUCCCCGACAUUUACAAGAGUGAGACUGAGCAUUUCGUCAAGAGAAGUACGCCUCCGCGGUUACAACAUGUUCUGCCCUAAGCACCUCACAUACAGGGAGGGCAUUGGACCGACAUUUUCCAGGAUGCGCUAUUUUCAGCUCGAGAUUAAGGCGAAAGACCACGGAACGAUUGGGUACAGCGGCAGCUAUAGCCCGAAAAAGUUAUCUAGCUGGGCAAACACCAGGGAAAACAUCCAGUGGGUUGCAAAUCAGCUUCGGCAGGCAGCCAGCCUGGAAAAGCUCGUACUAAACAUCGAUUUUCUAACAUUCGUGAGCUUGAUGGACUUGGAAGAGGCGCGCGAGGUUCUGGAGCACUUCAGCGUGCUUCGGAAUAUCCCCCACACAGAACUCUACGUUCUCGGAAACAAGGGAGGAUUGACUGAAGCGGAGCUUUCCAAGUUUAGUGCUUACAAGCACAGAUGGCAGGCGUUACUAGCGGGCAAUGACCUCGUUGUUGAACGCUCAGUCUCGGUCCGCUCCUGGAACUUACUCAAGCGCUUCCUCGUACAAUUUGCCGUGGACCAUGGAAACUACGACGUGGCGGAUACUGCACAUAUUUUCUAUCAUGCGCAAGACAGGAAGGCGAUUCAGAGACUGGUGGUUGACAUGUAUUCAACCUGCGUGGCCGAUGCCGAUCUGUGGGAAAAGUAUGGCGAGGGACUCAUAAACGCAGUCUACGGGGGACUCCUGUUUCAUGAGGAUAGAAGCAAUAGCCGCGGUCCUUUGAGAUAG